CGGCACUUGGCGCGUGCGAGUGUGCGCGAGGACUCACAGCGCUGAACUUUACACCGCGCGCUGCUUUAUUAUUUUUAAUAUUUUUUGCGGUUUAUUUAUUUAUUUAUUUAUUUUUAAGAAAAACAAAUCUGGAUUUAUAUCUCUGUCAGGUGGAUUGAGCGGGAGUUUAGUGACUGAGGAAGAGAAAAUAAAGCAUCAUGCUGCUGUUUGUGGAGGUGACCACGAAGGGAACCGGUCUGAAUCCUAACGCUAAAGUGUGGCAGGAAGCAUCAGCUCCUCUCUCCCAGAACGCCGAGGAGGCCACGGGAGCUCCUGAUUGGCCGCAGGAAGACCACGCCCCCGGCGCACACCUGGACGGAUGUAAAGGAUACGGCGCUGCGUACGGAGACUCCGCCCCUUCUGCAGACGCCGCUCUGCUCAACGGCCUCGACCCGGCACAACUGGAGUACCGCCCGUACGACCCGGUGGAGGAAGAGAUGUCUGAGGAGAGUCUGAGGGAAUCCCUUAAGAAACAGCUGGAAUUCUGCUUCUCCAGAGAGAACCUGUCGAAGGACCUGUACCUGAUCUCUCAGAUGGACGGUGAUCAGUUCAUUCCCAUCUGGACCGUCGCCAACAUGGAGGGUGUGAAGCUCCUGACCUCUGACCUCGACCUGAUCGUGGAGGUGCUGAAAGCGUCUCCCAUGGUCCAAGUGGACGAGAAAGGGGAGAAGGUCCGGCCCAAUAACAAGCGCUGCAUCAUCAUCCUCCGAGAGGUUCCUGAGAGCACACCUGUGGAGGAGGUUGAGGCUCUGUUUAAAAGUGAGAAGUGUCCUCAGGUCAUCAGUGUGGAAUUUGCUCACAAUAACAACUGGUACAUCACCUUCCAGUCUGAUACUGAUGCCCAACAGGCGUAUAGAUAUUUACGGGAGGAAGUGAAAACGUUUCAGGGGAAACCCAUAAUGGCCCGCAUUAAGGCCAUAAACACCUUCUUUGCUAAGAACGGCUACGGCGCCGUGGAUUCGUCCGUGUACGCGGGAAGCGCUCAGUCUCCGUUCUCGUCUCCGCUCUACCUGCCGCAGGUGUUCCAGCCUCAGCAGUAUCCGCUCUACAGCCUCGUCCCGCCCUCCUGGAGCCCGUCGCCUGCACCGUACUUCGAAACCCCGCUGGCUCCAUUUCCCAACGGAGCCUUUAACGGUUUCAGCGGAGCAGGAAGCUUCAAGAGCGGCUCGUCUCCCGUCGGCAGCGCCCGCCACUUCCCUCGCAACCGGAGCCACGUGAAGCCGCCGUCCCGCGCCGAUGGGCCUCAGUCGGACGGGUUCUCGGGUCUCAGCAGUACACAGAACCCCCGGACCGGCGCAGGACCCAAUUCCGACUCCGUCACUUCCGCUGAGUCUCCGCUGUCUCCCAGUGAGAACGGACUCGGUGACCUGGGCAGCAGCAGGGCCAGGAGAGGAAGUUACCGUGGCCUGAGGCGCAGGAGGGAAGACGAGCGAACGAGGCCCCUCCCAUCAACUGAGGUCAAAACCCCGCCUCCCAAGUUUGACCUGGCGACCUCUAACUUUCCUCCUCUGCCAGGGGGCGUGGCCGGGCCGCUUCCUGGGGGCGUGGUCACGCUGACGGAGAGCGUUCUGGAGAAUCGCAUGGCUGAUGUAGUGAAAGGCCUGAACAGAGACAAGUCGGACAACAGUAAACAGGAAGUGAUUAAAGAAUCCCGAGCUGCUCAGGAGGAAGUGCCGUCUCCUGUUCCUGCCACGCCCACAUCCACACCUGCACCACAGGACACGCCCACCCCCAGUGUUGCACCUCAGGUGAAGAACCCAGACGAGUGUCGGACCCUGACAGACGCCGCACCGGUCCUCAGUCCUGCUCCAAUCAUCACUGCUGCUGCUCAGCCUGACUCCGCCCCCAAACCCACAGACUCCGCCCCCUCCAGCACACCUGUACAGGAGCCUCGGAAACUGAGCUAUGCCGAGGUGUGUCAGAAACCCCGCAAAGACCCGCCCCCUGCGCCCUGUUUGAGCCCCAGCCCCACCCCCGACCCCGCCCAGUCUCCGCCCACCGUCAGCCAGCCGCUCCGCGAGCUCAGAGUGAACAAAGCGGAUCCGGAGACGAGCCGUCCUGCCGAGAAGGCGUGUGAAGGAAGACCUCCACGGGAGCCGUAUCGACGCGGCAGCGCCGCCAAGGGAGCGGGGUUUAAACUCCGAGAACAUCAGAGACGGCCCCCUCAGGGACGACGCUCCUCCCCUCACACGGGGUACAGCAACAGACGCAGCGGGAAGGAACAGAACAUCCCACCGAGAUCGCCGAAGUGACGGCGCGCGGGAUGUUUGCUCACUUUACGCCAACGUCGUAUAAAUAUCCAACGUAAAGAGAGUUAAAGUCUAUAAAUUCUAUAGAAUCUAUAAAAGUAUAAAAAUAUAAAACUGCACUACGUCUGGGACGAACAGGCGGCUAACACGCCACAGCACGAGCAAAAAAGCACGAGCAAAAAAGGGAACAUGAAGGCGGGACGUGACCCUCAGGAGCUGCAAAGCCGUGCGUGUACGUGGUUUAAAAAAAAGACAAAAAAAAAAAAAAAACACGUGGCUGGAAAUCGAUUCUUGACGCAUCUCAAUUUUCCUCCCAAAAUAAGACACUAAGCUUUAAUGUAUUGUUCAUUUAAUUAAAAAAAUAAAUAAAUAAAUAAAAAUGAGGUGCCAACAUUUAUGCUAUUUAAUCGUAGCACUUACGAUUUGUUGCUAUGGCGAUACAGGAGACGCCUGAUAAACAGAACGUGAAUACAGUUCACUGAAGGGGAAAGGACGUGACACACGUGUGCUUCUGUUGGCGCUUAACUUUCACUUUGUAGCUUUGUUACGGUUUCGUGAACUUUGACCUGUGAAAUCAUGAGCCAAUAGGAAACAAGGAGGCGGGACUAUAUUGUUUGGUUGAUUUGAGAAAAAAAUAAACGCUGUUUAGGUUUUAUUAUUAAGUAUAAAAGUAGCUUCACACCGAACUUCUGCCUCGCUGUCUUGUUACGGUUUCGUGACUCACGAUAACCGCCGAAAUGCAUGUUUUUUUUUUGUUUGUUUGUUUGUUUGUUUGUUUGUUUUCCUCCUGCUAAGAUUUUCUUGCUAGCUAUGUUGGUACUUUUGCGGGGGAAAAAUUGAUACGCGCUGUCCUGUGUAAGACGUUAACGUGUUUGGAUGCACGAUCUUUCAGGAAUCACGUGAGAAUCGAUUUUCAUCUCCUGGGUUUAAAACGUUCUUGAGGUUUUAGAGAAACGCCGCUAACGAGCGAAUGAUUUAUUCUCUUGAUGGAGAACAAACUGCAGGAUGUUUAUCGGGAUAGAGGGAGGAAGUCGGAGUGAAGCGACCUCAGAGAAUAAAAAGCUGAGCACUUGGAGAACGGAGAGGAGAAACGUAACGUAACGGGUUUUUACAGUCGCAGCGUCGGCCUGUCGCAAUUACGCAACCUCAUCAUGUGAUAAUAAGCGUGAAGGUUAGGGGCGGGGCGAUAUGUCGGAAAUGUAUCAUGAUAUUUACAGUCGUGUUUUAAAACCACUUCAGUGAUACUUUUAUUUAACGUUUUUUUUAAUUACGAAGAAAAAUUGUUCGUACAGUGAAAGUUUAUCACAAUAUUGAUGUUGUAUCAUCGUAUCGCUCGGCGCUGCACCUGCACCUGUAACGAAGCACCUGAGUGACAGUGUGUAGCUGCUGCUGACUCUUGUGGGCGUGGCCUGUCCCGCUUUUUUUUUUUUUUUUUUUUUUUUUUUUUUUUAAUGAGAAACAACAGCAGCUUCAUAAGCUAAAUAGGUAAAGACUGAGUCAAUCAGUGCGAAAGUCGUAUAUUUUUUUUUUUUUUUUAUAAAGUUUUUAAUUUCCAUGUAUACACAAACGUAAUGUUGCGCAUUAGCGACGAUGGUGAUGUAAUAAUUGCGACCGGCCCGCGACAGCAAACUGACGCUCGUCUUCCUGCUCUCAUGUCUUUAUUCCACUUUAUUGUAUAAAUUAAAUCCAUCCUCUGCUGUAUAAUAAUGUGAUGGAAGUUUUAAUGUGUGUGUGUGUGUGUGUGUGUGUGUUGUGUCAGUGAUUGAACCUGUGUGUGUUUAGUGUAUACAAAGUGUGUAUAAUACCUGUAGGUGGUGUGUGUGUGUGUGUGUGUGUGUGUGUGUGUGUGUGUGUGUUGGAUUUACGGGCAAAUGAUUCCUGUGUAUUCAUGAGUCAUUUUGGUGAUUCGUGAUUCUGAUUCGUGAUUCGUGAUUCUGACUCGGAGUCACUUUCUCUUUUCAUUUAAAUGUUAAUGGUUCAUUGUAUGAAUUCAUGGAUCAUUUUCGUCAUGAUUCUGAUUCGGAGUCGAGUUAUGUUGAUUGUUAUUAUUAUUUCCUCUAACGUUACCGUUGGUUGGUGUUUAAACCGUCGGAAGUUGAACGUGUGUGAAUGUUGAAUCGGAGUCGAGCGUCCUGACUCUACAGACAGACGCGUCAUCGUUAUCUUCCCGUCGUGUGAAACGUAAACGGCACAAAAUCCAGACCAAAGCCCAAUCAGCAGAGAGACAAUCUCAGGAAAUGCUGUUUAACCGCAGUGAUUCCCCAUAACCCCAUGACCUCUGACCUCUGACCCUCAUUAAGCGCUUGAUGUUGAACCGUUGUGUCUGAUUUUGUUGCUGAUGAAAUCUGAAUCGUGUGUGUGUGUGUGUGUGUGUGUGUGUGUGUGGAGGUUUUGAAUGUUACUUAAAACCUUCUGAAGGGGAUUAAAUGUGUCCCAACACUUAUAUUUUUUUUUUCUCUUUAUUGUUAAUUUUUGUUUUUAAUGUUUGUAUUUAUUUGUGCGUUGUGUUACGUUCUGUAUCUGUGUGUGUGUUUGUAUGGGGUUUUUUUUUUCUUGCUCUCAGUGAUGGAUAAUAUAGACAUUGUGCCACUAAAUAAUUUUUUUAUUAUUAUUAUUAAUUAAUUAAUUUGGGCUGAUGAGCAGUUUGAGUCUAAACACAUUAAUUUGUUUCAGGUAUUUACUAUUGUAUGAUUUUCUUUUUUCUAGAUAUUUCUAGUAGCAGGAUUGCUAGAAUAAAUUUUUUCUCUGUUUUCUAGUUCUUUUUUUUUUUUUUUUUUUUUUUCUCUACCCUCCCACUUUUUUUUUUUUUUUUUUUUUUUAAAUAUAAAGGGAGGUUAAUAGCCAACAUCUGGUGAGUAAAGUGUAUUUAUCGCAUCAUAAAGAUCUACAAAGUUGUUUAAAAUGAAGAAGUGUUUAAAAAAAAAAAAGGAAAUAAAUGAUGAAAUGAGCUGCAUUUGUUUUUUCUGUGUUUUAUGAGUCAUGUACAACCUUUAAAUCUAUUAAAUUUUAUUUUAGCACUAAAUCGUGUCUCG